AUGCCAGACCCAGAAGCUUGUGAGCACUCCAUUACAAGCUACUACCCUAGCCUCAAAACAAUGAAGCAAGAGUAUGACUUUUUCAAGUUGUCAUUACAAAUUGCUCUCAAUAAAACCCAUGAAGGUUAUGGCAUUGUAGCUUCGCUCAAGUCCAUGUGUCAAAAUAAUCGUGAAGAAGCUGCAUGGGACGAUUGUCACGAACUCUUAAACGAUGUCAUCCUUCAACUUGAUCGAAUCAUUUCUACCCCUGAAUACAUAUCAGAUGAUGCAGAAACAUUGAUUAGUGCAGCCCUUACCAACCUUGACACAUGUCGCUAUGGGUUCAUGGAGCUUGGAGUUACCAACAACAUAUAUCCUUUAUUGCCAAUUAAAAAUGUUUCCGAGUUGAUCUUUAACACAUUAGCUCUCAAUAAUCUUCCACACAGAGGGUCUAGUAAUUAUGAAGAUGGAUUUCCUACUUGGGUGAAGCCCAAUGACCAAAAGUUGUUGCAAGACUCUUCAUCUUUACUAUCUUCUCAAGAAACUAUUGUGGUGGCAAAUGACAACUUAGGUGAUUUCAAUACAAUAACGGAGGCAAUAAACUACCUAGUGUCUUUGCAGAUGAAUGCAUCGAAAAGAAAAGUCAUUCAUAUAAAACAAGGGAUCUAUCGUGGAUCUUUUAUAAAGCUGAAGAAUGUUAUGUUAGUUGGGGCUGGUAUAAGUAAGACAAUAUUUAUUGGCAACAAAAACGUAGCAAGAGGAGGUAUUACUGGAGAUGGAUUUAUCGCCAAGGACAUUACUUUCCGAAACACUGCAGGAGAAAGAGGUAAUCAAGCAGUGGCUCUACUAGCCAAGUCAGAUCACUCAGUAUUCUACAGAUGUAGCUUCGAAGGGUACCAAGAUACCCUCUAUGCCCAUAGCUAUAGGCAAUUCUAUAGAGAAUGUAAUAUAUAUGGAACUGUGGACUUCAUAUUUGGAAAUGCUGCAGCUGUCUUCCAAAAUUGUGGCAUAUAUGUAGCAAGGACUUCUAGGCCAACAUGCACAAUCACUGCUCAAAACAGGUUGUUUCCUAAAGAGAAUACUGGAUUCUCCAUACACGAUUCUACGAUCGACAUGCAUAUCGGAGGAACAGCUAAGUGUAAAGGGUACUUUGGAAGGCCGUGGGGUAAAUUCUCACGUGUUGUAAUCCUCAAGUCCUUCCUUGGUCCUGUGAUAGAUAAGGUUGGUUGGUUGCCAUGGAGUGGAAAAUUUGCACUUGACACCUUAUAUUAUGCAGAGUACCGUAACCACGGACCAGGGGCAUCGCUCCGAUCAAGAGUGACAUGGCCUGGCUAUCAUCGCAAUAUUAAUGAAGCCGUAGCCAGAAAGUUCACCGUUAGAAAGUUCAUUUCUGGCACUUCGUGGUUGCCAUCCACUGGAGUACCUUUCACUAUUGAUCUUUAG